GUACAGAAUGAUAAGAGAUAAAAAAAAAGAAAAAAGAAAUAAUCGAUUUAUCUUUUAAUAAAAUUGAUGGAAAUGUAAAACUAUUAAUAACGUUAAGAGCGCGUUGUAAAAGAAGAAAAAAUGAGUUAUUUUUUUGUUUUGUUAACUUCGUUAUACCUUUUUAAAAAGGUUCUUGUUCGAGUUGGCACGAUACUGAAGAAGAAUGGAGGUCGAGGGUUGAAGGUCGAAAGGAGGACAGGGGUGAGCUUAGUUACAACGUUCCUGUAUAGUAUAAUCCAUAGAGAAGGCUGUGGCAGGGGUAUGUGUUGAAAAGAAGCGGGGGUGACGACGCAACUACUACAAAAAGGCCGCAACUCCCUUCUAAGGCAACUAUCAAACGCGAAACGAACACCACCAGUCGCGUGUUUCUUCCUUACCAGGGUUGUAUCACCCCGAAUGGCCGGGUGGAUAUGGCAGGGGAAUAUUUUCAAACGACGUAUGUACCGGAAAUCAAGGAUGCCGAGAGCAAAGAUAGAGAAAGACAAAACGUUCAAGAGGGAACGACUAUUUGGAAUCACCAGAGGGAGGAGUUCAUACGUCAAAAGCAUCGAGAACAACGAGAAUUGCGAGAGAUUCUGGCGAACUAUUCGCCUUGGGGUAAACCGGGCGGUGGUGCUCCGUGUCCGGCAACCUUAAGAAAGAAAAACGUACGUUUGGAACCAUUGGAAUCCGUGAAGAAUCUUACCACUGUUGGUCAGUCCUGGCCCUGGGGUCGUCCUGGUCCUGGAGGACUACCUUGGAGGGAUCCGAAGUUAUUUGGUGUUCACUUUUGGGAAUCUAUGGGAUGGACCAAUGACUCGACGAUCCGGAGACUUUAUAAUAAAAGGGACAUCGAUCCUCUGACUGUUCCAGACAUGAAUACAUUUUUCGAUGCGAAUGCUAACCCCGGUAUAACGUCGCAUUUACAAUCGUCGAGGGAUACGAAAAAUCUUUACAACGAGGAGGUCCAGGUGUACAAGUUAACUGGCGGAGUUGAAUUAGUACCGUUGUUAACUAGCAGACGUUAUCAUUCCCAACCAGAUAAUAUUCGUUAUCAUGCGACGGAUAUUACUCGGCCAGAAUACACGAUACAAUCAAAUAGUUUGCCUUCGUUCGAGGUCACCAACAGAGAAUACGUAGCUGAACUUGCUGAACAGAUACGAUGGAAACAAGAUAGAGCAUGCGAGGAACGCAAUGAGGAACGGGAAAAUUGUAGACGACAUUUCGAUACUUGGAAAAAAUUCUGGGGAAGACCUGGUCACGGUGCACCAAUAGAUCACGUUUAUAGAAACAAUCUUUAUAAUAUUCUUUAUCGUUCAGCUAUUUAUUAAAUUUCUAAGGUAUAACCGUUCACCUGUGUCACGUUAUUUGAGAUAUCAUCGAAAAUAAAUCUGAUGAUUUGCGAGUUAUUCCGUAGACGACAACAAAAAUAACAAAAAA